AUUGCGUCAUGCAGCCAGCCAGUGAACUGUGCGUACGCAGACCGUGGGAGGCGGGAGGACGGCCUAGGUGCGCGCGUCUGCGUUUUGCUGUCCCGGAAGGGGAACUGCGCGGUUGAGGGGACCGGGGAUCGAGCAUUUUAGAUCGGCUUUGGUAAACCUGGUUCACCACCAUGCUGGCCGCAAGACUUGUGUGUCUCCAGGUUCUACCUUCCCGGAUUUUCCACCCAGCUUUCACCAAGGCCUCCCCAGUUGUGAGGAAUUCCAUCAGGAAGAAUCAAUGGCUUUUAACACCCAGCAGGGAAUAUGCCAGCAAGACAAGAAUUGGGAUCCGACGUAGUAGAACUGGCCAAGAACUCAAGGAAGCAGCAAUGGAACCAUCAAUGGAAAAAAUAUUUAAAAUUGAUCAGAUGGGAAGAUGGUUUAUUGCUGGAGGGGCUGCUGUUGGUCUUGGAGCAUUGUGCUACUAUGGCUUGGGAAUGUCAAAUGAGAUUGGAGCAAUCGAAAAGGCUGUAAUCUGGCCCCAGUACGUCAAGGAUAGAAUUCAUUCCACCUAUAUGUACUUAGCAGGAAGUAUUGGUUUAACAGCUUUGUCUGCCCUGGCAGUGAGCAGAACUCCUGUUCUCAUGAACUUCAUGAUGAGAGGCUCUUGGGUGACAAUUGGUGCAACCUUUGCAGCUAUGAUUGGAGCUGGAAUGCUGGUACAAUCAAUACCAUAUGACCAGAGCCCAGGCCCAAAGCAUCUUGCUUGGUUACUACAUUCUGGUGUGAUGGGUGCUGUGGUAGCUCCUCUGACGAUAUUAGGGGGGCCUCUUCUCAUCAGAGCUGCAUGGUACACAGCAGGCAUCGUAGGAGGCCUCUCCACUGUGGCGAUGUGUGCACCGAGUGAGAAGUUUCUGAACAUGGGCGCACCCCUGGGAGUGGGCCUGGGUCUUGUCUUUGUGUCCUCUCUGGGAUCUAUGUUUCUUCCACCUACCACUGUGGCUGGUGCCACUCUGUACUCAGUGGCAAUUUAUGGUGGAUUAGCUCUUUUCAGCAUGUUCCUUCUUUAUGAUACGCAGAAAGUAAUCAAGCGUGCAGAAAUAGUACCAGUGUAUGGAGUUCAAAAAUAUGAUCCCAUCAAUUCGAUGCUGAGAAUCUACAUGGACACGUUGAAUAUAUUUAUGCGCGUUGCCACUAUUCUAGCGACUGGGAGCAACAGAAAGAAGUGAAGUAACUCAGCUUCUGACUUCUUUAGUGUAUCAGACAUCUUGCUUGUUUAAUAGGGGCAGGUAUUCAUUAAUAGUUCAAGCAGCUUUCAUUGAAGUUUAGAAGAUAAGAACUUGUCAUCCUGUUUGAAAUGUCCCAGUAAUGUGAUGCUUCAGGUCUGCUUUUCUUCUGGAGAAUAAAUUCAGUAGUUCUCUGCCAAAUGAGCACACACACUCAAUUCUCAUGUUUGAGUUAUUCUGAAAUGCUUUAAUGAGUAAAAACUGAGGCUUGUGUUGGGAGAAUUUAUUUUAUCUUUCGAUUUUUUUAAGUGAAAAUCAGCAAACUUGUAUUUACCUACAUAAAUUUUGGAAUGCAGAAUAUUAACAAGUAAUGUUAUAAGUGGUGUAAAGGUUUGGUACAAGGACCAGAGAGAAGUUAAAGGGUCACCUGCAGUCUUUCUUUAAAUGCUUAGACUUUAGGACUUGUGUAACUGGUGGUGAGCCAGUGAGAGGCAAUCACUUUUUACAUUUGUCUGCUGAAUUUAUCAGAAGCAUUGACCAUAAAACAAAGACAUGAGUGAUACAUUUUCCUGGUGUUCCUUUUUAGUUCUCUUUUUAAAAUGUAGAUGUGGUCAUGUUUGGCUCCUCAUUGUUUGACAUUAUUAGGACACUUUAGAAUUUUAAUAUGAAGAAUUCCUGAUAUAUAAUACGUGUGUGUGUGUUUUACUUUUGUGUGUUCUAGAACAAAAUAUCCUUAGAAUACCUCCUCAGGAUAAAAUAUUCAAAGUAUACAAAUAAUAUGUUCAUAAUUGCUGAAAUUUUUGCAUAUUUAUUGAAAUGUUUAAUAGAAUACAUGCUUGCUUUUCUCAUCUUUUCAGGCUUUGAAGCUUCUAUUAGGAAAGCCUGUUUGUGGCUUACACUUAAGAUAUGAAGGCGAUUUUUCUCCUAAGACUUGGUUUCUUGCAUUCCCUCUUAGACCAACCACUAAAAAAAGGAAAGCACAGAUACUCUUUCUUUAUGGACUAUAUUAGUCAAAAAUGUAAUGGGCAGAAUACUUCAUUAGCAUGUCCCCUAGCAGAAUUUGCCUUCUCUCCUACAUAGACGGUUACUUAAUUCCCUUGUAACAUUUGUAAGUUUUUUGAUAAGAGCUAUUUUGAAAGUUCUUAAUGAAGUAUAUAUGAUUAUUGAGAUGAUUGGUGUUUGACAAGCAUUUAUUAUAGUAAUACAGAAAUAACUAUUCUAAUGACCACGAGUCACAUAGGAUGCUUAUGUUUGAAAUAAUAAAGGUUCCAGCCAGA